UGGAUCUAAAUCAGAAUUACGGGCCUCGUGAAGAUGGAUCAACAAAAGCUGAACCAUGAAGCCGUGGCUGGUAUAAAUAGGUAGCUAAGUUAAAAACCCUAGCUCCUCUUCUUCACUUUAUCAGGGGGUUUACAGAGCGCAGCUCCUCAUCAUCCAGAGAAAAUGGCUGUUCCUUUGCUAUCCAAGAAGAUUGUGAAGAAGAGAGUUAAACAGUUCAAGAGGCCCCAGAGUGACCGGAAGAUUUCUGUUAAGACAAAUUGGCGGAGGCCCAAGGGUAUUGAUUCAAGGGUCAGGAGAAAGUUCAAAGGAUGCACUCUGAUGCCCAAUAUUGGUUAUGGAUCAGACAAGAAAACUCGCCAUUAUCUUCCCAAUGGAUUUAAGAAGUUUGUUGUGCACAACGUGCAGGAGCUUGAACUUUUGAUGAUGCACAACAGGACUUACUGUGCUGAGAUUGCCCAUGAUGUCUCAACUCGAAAGAGAAAGGAGAUUGUUGAGCGUGCAGCUCAGUUGGAUGUGGUUGUUACCAACAAAUUGGCUAGGUUGAGGAGCCAGGAGGAUGAGUAAACAUUGCUGUUGUAUUAGUUGAUUCUGGUUUCUUUUUGAUACAAUUCUCUGCAUUAGGCAGUUUCAGCGAUUCAGGAGUAAUGUUUUGGAUUGAAUGGUGUUUAUUUUUGGAACUAGACGUAUUUACACCUUCAGUGAAUGUGAUCGACCACUUAAAUUGUCA